GCCAUGCGCGGAGCGGCGGCGGCGGCGGCGCGGGGGCGCUGAGGCGGCAGCAUGGCCGAGUCGCUGCGGGAGGAGCCGCCGGGCGGGCCGGAGUCGGAGGCCGAGCUGUCGCAGCGGCUGGCCCGCACCAAGGCCCGCUCGUACGGCAGCACGGCGAGCGUGGCGGCGCCGCUGGCCGAGCGCUACGUGGAGCACCGCCUGGGCCCCGGCGACACGCUGCAGGGCAUCGCGCUCAAGUACGGCGUCACGAUGGAACAAAUAAAGCGGGCAAAUAAACUGUUCACUAAUGACUGUAUAUUUCUGAGGAAAACCCUGAAUAUUCCUGUUAUAUCAGAGAAACCAUUAUUGUUCAAUGGACUUAAUUCUUUGGAGUCUCCUGAAAAUGAAACUGUUGACAGCUCCCCUUCUUGUGAUGAAGGACUAGCCACAGUUCAGGAAGACAGUAGUUCUUCUCCCAGUCCUCAAGAGCCUGACAAUCAGCCAACUGCACCAGAAGAACUAUCUGCCAAAGAUUUUCUACAGAGAUUGGACUUGCAGAUUAAGUUAUCCAAACAAGCAGCCAGAAAACUAAAAGAUGACACUGUCAGAGAGGAGGAGAACGAAGAAGGUCCCUAUGCAACUUCUUCCUAUCAUCACCAGUAGAAGACAGACAUGAUGGCCUGAAAACUUCCAAUGAAAUCAGUUCUUAAAGAACUAAAUGGUCAAUAAGUAAAAAAAAAAAGAAAAUAAAAAAAGUCUUUUGGACUCAUCAUCAUGAUGUACUUUAAACAAGUCAUGAAUGGGUAGUUUCACUGACUGUGUAAUUGCACUGAAAUUAUGACCUCUUCUGCCUUCCACAGGUUAAUGUUCUUAUGCUAUAUCAACAAAAGGUUUAAGCCUUCCAAAACUAGUAAUGGCCUUUAUAUCCCUUCUGUGCAAAUUGUAGCAUGGUAGCAACAAUAUAUCCUUGAGGUCACCUUUAUGCAGGAUGUUGAUCUUUAGUAAACAUUUUGUAAAUACUUGUUAAAGUGUGAAAUUUGUUUUAAGUAUUUAAAAAUAUUAAGUAAGUUUGCUUGUCAAUGACAAACUAUAAAUAAUGGAAAUAUACUUACUCUGCAGACACAGCAAGUUUGCUAUGGGAGUUCUGUCUACUUCAGGGCUGCAGAACUUGUCUCUGAACUCUGUGUGUCUGUGUGAUGAUAAGAACAUCUGUGUAUUCCUAGAAAGAGGAAUUUGACCUGUUUUGAUUAAAGCCUUUAUGGUCAAAAGAACUGUUUGCAAAGUGGAUUUUUGCUAAGAGUUACAGCAAAAGAUAUUUUUAUUUGUGAGAUAGUGACAUUGAAAUAUCAGGUAUAUGUUCUUGUGUGCAGUUAUACUUUGUGUAAUUUUAAGUUAAUAAAUAGAAAAAUACCAAUAAUAAAUGCCUCUUCAUUAUAAAACUA